AUGUCAAGCGUCGCCAGUAACCCCUCUGAUGCUACUAGCAUUGUUCCGAGCGGCAGUGUUCAAGUGCAGCUUAACUUUUAUGAACCGCCUGCAGAUGGCUCUCAACCAUUCCAGUAUGCCGGGGACCCACCAGAUGGUGUUCCAGCACUGAACUACGGACAACCAGCGCUUCCAGUUCAACUACAUGACAUACGCGGGCAUGAAAGCGACUAUACCCUCGACAAAGACGCUUUUCAAGCCCUCUCCAACGUGCUAUCGAAUAUAUCAUACGAAACAUUUCUCUCCGACGAAACUGUAAAAUGCAACUUCUACCCAGAAGUCGAACGGCUCCUACUCGCCCACAUCCCUGGCGCUCACCGGGUCAUUAUCUUCGACCACGUCAUCCGCAUGGAACACAAAGAGCAAGGGAGCACAGCCAGUAAACCCCUGCACACAGCGCAUGCAGAUCAGACGGCGCGAGCAGCCGCCGCCCGCGUACGACUAUGCAUCCCGGACACGGACGAAGCGGAGAGCUUGCUCCGUGGGCGCUACCGCAUCGUGAAUGUCUGGAAGCCACUGGAAGGACCGGUGCAGUCCUGUCCGCUAGCGUUUGCGAGUGGGUCUUCUGUUACGCCUGGGGAGUUGGUUCCUAUCGAGUUCCGGUUGCCACAUCGCACGGGCGAAAUCGUGGGGGUGGCAUUUAAUCCGAGCCAGAGGUGGAUGUACUGGUCUGGGAUGCAGACGAAUGAGUGUUUGCUGCUGAAGUGUAAUGAUUCCAAUGAAGACGUGGCAAUGCAGGUGCCUCAUUCUGCGUUUGAUGAUCCGAGGACUCCGGUGGGGGCGCCGGGAAGGGAGAGCAUUGAGAUUAGAGCUCUGGUGUUUGGGUAA